AUGGCCAGGUAUCUCAUCGAGAAACUCGAGAAUGACCCAGUCCUCUAUCCAGCACUGCCCUCAUCGAGUCCUGCUUCGCUAGAAGCCCUGUCAAACAACGACGUUGACCACGCGAUAUCUCAGCCACCUGGGGAGCUCCGUUUUCCGAAUCUAGAAUGUAUUACGAUUCACUUGCCGUCGGACCAAGGUUUCCCAGAUGAACAUGAGCUCAUUGCGCGGUUUCGCGAUGUACUCGGACGGCGAGCAGAGUUUGGACGACCGGUGGAAUUCAAAGUGGAACGUUACAUUGUAGACUUGAUUAUAGACGACGACUUCUUUCCGUAG